AUGUCCGGACAUGGCACUUGUAAUAACUCAUGCAUGAAUUAUCUGAUCUGGAAAUGGCCUAUCCUAUCUGUCGACGAACGGACCCGCAUGCCUACGUGCCCUUACCUUUGGCCAAAUGGCCAAGGAGAUGUUGCCAAAUUUUUGGAGGGCGAAGAGAACGGCACGAAGUGGGGACGGCAACAUGGAAGAAUCUACCGCAUAUGGAGUGGAAUGGCACCGGAAAUUGUCUUGACCGAUCCUGUGGACAUCAAAGCAGUCUUUGCAGACUCAGACAAGCAUUCCAAGGCCACCAAUAACAAUUCCGGAUGGCUCAUGGGAGAGCUGUUAGGUAAAUGCGUCGGUCUCAUCGGCGGAGCGGAAUGGCAGAGAGUGCGCGGAAUCACUGCUGCUCGAUUCUCGCACAAAGACGCGGCAUCAUACAUUCCGCGAAUCAUCGAAAUUACGGAGAAACACUUCCAGGACCUGCACCGAAGCGGACGCCUAAGUGAAAAGCGCCUUCAUCCAGUCCAGGAUCUGAAGUUCCUUCCUUUUUGGGUCGUGGCCGAUAUCUUGUAUGGCAAGCUCACCUCCGAAAUGGUGAAGGAGCUCGAAGAUCUGAUCCGUCUCCGUGAAGCACUGUGGGACCGUAUGAUCCAAGGUGGAGCGACACGCUUCUCUUGGACGAAAUAUUUGCCGGUCAAAGUAAAUCGGAACCUUCACGAGUUCAAGAGAAGAUGGGCGACUUUCAACCAGACAGCACGCGAUGCUUGCCUACUGGCGUGUGAAAAGACACCAGUGGUGGAAAUGUACGAUGCGAUCGAGCAGGGCCGACUGAGCACAGACGAGCUGCUACAAACCCUGGACGAGAUGAUCUUUGCGAAUCUGGAUGUUACCGUGGGCGGCAUCUCCUGGAACUUACUUUUCCUUGCGGACAACCUGGAGGUUCAAGCUCAAUUGCGCGAAGAAGUCCUUUCCAAGGCUGGAUCCGGGGGUACUCAAACCGUCCAGUACCUGCUCAGCUCAUCCACGUUCCUCGCAGCUUCGAUACUAGAGUCCGCGCGUCUUCGACCCCUCGCACCAUUUUCCGUUGCUCAAUCCGCCCCUACUACGCGAUGCAUCGCAGGCUUCGUGGUCCCGCCGGGCACUAACUUCAUCGUCGACACGUAUCGGCUCAAUGUGAAGAACGCUGUCUGGGGCGAUGAUAGAGAAAUCUACAAGCCUACAAGGUUUCUUGGCCAAAAUCGAUCUGAUUUGCGAUAUCAUUAUUGGAGGUUCGGGUUUGGGCCCCGCCAGUGCAUUGGGAAGUACGUUGCGGACCUUAUAAUACGAAUUCUGCUCGUACAUCUGCUUAAGCACUAUCGCCUCAGCUUUGAUGAGAGCACCGUCUGGGUGAAGCAUCCAACGACAUGGAUCACGCAUCCGGACACUGUCAUCAGAUGCGAGAAGAUCGGAAAGGAGACCUAGCCAACCUAACCCGUUGGCGUUUGCGGAAUGGCUGGGAUUGAAUAGUCUAUAGGCAAUUCGUAUGAGAUGUUAAAG